UCCUUGAAACCAUGAACUCCUGCAUCCAGAAAGGAAAGGAGUGGCAGGGGAUUUAUUAUGCCAAAAAGAAGAACGGGGACAGUGUCCAACAAAAUGUGAAGAUCACACCUGUGAUCGGACAGGGAGGUAAAAUCAGACACUACGUGUCUAUCCACAGGCCUUUACAUGAUCAGAAUAAGACAUCCAGUGAACGGGUGCAGGCAGAAUCUCAGACAGACAUCCAGUCCAGUAAGCAUAAGGACCGGAGGAAAGGCUCGUUGGACGUCAGAUCGACUACGUCUCGAGGAGCGAUG